CCAACUUCGAAAAACAGAUCACUGAACCCGUCAAGCCAAGAGGAAGACAAACUGAAUGAAGUGGGGAAAAAAUCCCAUUCAAGCAAGAGGAGAUUACAGAGAAAUUUGUGGAUUAAUUUCAGAAGCAAAAUAAUGUUGUUGGAGUGUUGCAUCUUUGGGAUGAUUACCUUUCUAAUGACAGGAGCUCGAUGUGAGGUGACAGAGGUGUUUGCUGAAGCAGGCUCUGAGGCUAUACUACCUUGUAAAUAUGACCCCACAUCACUUGUCCCCCCUGCCGUCAAGUGGAGCAAAGCAAACAAAGGCACUGUUUGGAGAAAGCAAAGGAGCGGUCUGCAGUACUGGGGCUCUAGCUGGACAGUGAAUGGGACCCCACGCGUAAAAUGCCCCCACUCCCUGUUUGAAAAAGGCGACUACGGCCUGCAAAUCAACAACGUGAAUGAGGAGGACGGAGGAGUUUACUCCUGCAGUGUGGAAGCUGGAGGCCGGGAAGUUGAAAAUGUGGUCUAUCUCAGAAUCAUGACAGUGUCCAUCGAUCCACCUGUUCCCAUAUGGGGGAAGGACGUUUCAGUCACUUGUAACGUGACUCCUUGGCCUAACGGGGCUUCUGUGCAGUGGCUGUUGAACAACAGGCCAUUUGUGCCUCAGACUCGAAUCACCUCAUACAGAGACACCUCUAAAAGCAUUGUGAGGGAAAAGGCAACUGUGAGCCUGAAGGGAAAGUGGACCUGUGUAGUGGGCUUCAAAGGCAAAGAGGAGCACGUUUCAGCAACUCUGUCUGUGAAAGGAAUCAUCCAACCACCCAAUGACAACACCAAGGUGUAUGCUGCUGUGGGCUCUGGAGUCACACUCCCCUGUGUCUUCUCCCCUGGUUUAACCCCCAAUUUACCUGUCUGGAAGAAAGCUGGGUCUCUUUUUAAACCUGCUCCCGGCCACCCUCCUCUCUCAUAUUCCUCUUCCUCACAGCUCCCCUGGGAUAAGUCUGCCAGUUUGAAAGAGGUUGGGUUUAAGGACGAGGGCAGAUACACAUGCUCUGGGACCAUACAAGGACAGAUUCUGACUAGAACCAUCCAGCUCGUUGUUGCCAAAAUUGAAAGCAGCAUCACGUCAAAGAAAAAAGGCUCCAUGGCACUGACCUGCCAACUGUCUGACACGAGCGAGGUCACCAAUUAUGAGUGGGUUCAUGUGACCUAUGACCUUAAUGGCACCCAGUCAGUUGAGUCCGUUCAGAAGGGGAAGAUUCUGAACAUAAGCCAGGAGUCCGAGGCAAACCGGGGCGAAUGGGUAUGUCGGUUCUCCGGCAAAGAAGGAAUUUUGGGAAACGUAACAUACCAUGUUCAACUGAUGAGUGGUGUUAGUGGACAAAAAGUGACAGAUGUCUCACAUAACACUGCCACCGUGGUUGGACUCAGCUUUCUCCUCCUUGUUCUGCUGCUUAUUCUGGCUCAGAUGUACAAGAACCACCAAAGGAGGAAAAGGAUCUUUCAGUACCCCGCGCUGGAGACAAUUGUUCAUACUAUCUCCAAUGAGCGGGAGGAGAGAGAAAGGAGCCGAGUGAAAACAUGAAGACACAUUAAAGCAGAGGCAUUGUGGGGGAAACAAUUCGGUGCUAAAGUGAAAUGUGUCUUCUUUAUGCCUGCAAUAUGUUGGGAGACUUUGGUUUGCACAGGUUUUCAGACUUUCAGAGCAGACGUUGUAGCAGUAUUGUUGUCAUUGUUUUAAUAUAAAUAUAACUCAAAUGUUGUAUAUUGCCCUGUUGUUUCAGCUGUAAAUGUUUUAAUUGUUCUGUGAGAAGAUUUGUUUGCAUGUAUAGUACAUAUUGGAAAAAAAUGUUUUACAAAUAAAGUGGCUUUAACA